UCUCGACUAGAGUACACAUUCCAGCGGACGUGCAGUAAGUUUGAGCUUUUGAGCCACGGCCACACUGCAGAAAAUUCCAUUAAAAAAAGCGAGAAAAAAAACGUAGCGAAAGAGAGAAAUUACGACGUCUGCAGGGUCGAAGCGAAAAAAGCAGCAAAUACUGAGACAGAGUGACUAUGAUUGUUGUUAAGUGAAAGCAGCACUUUUGGAAAACGGCUAGGCCAGCGGCGCAGGCCACGGAAGAAAGCAGCGGAGUCAGCGUUCCAAAAUCAAAGCAAAGCCAGCGGAAAGGAAAGGAAAGCGAAUCAAAGCUGGAAGGCGAUAAAGCGGCUCACCAGGCACUCCAACAACAACAGCAACAAUAGCAACAACAGUAGGAGCAGCAGCAACAACCACACAGCAGCAGCAGCCAGGGAAAGUACCAGAGUGUGAGUGAGUGAGUGAGCGACUGUGCGUGUGUGUGUGUGCGUUUGUGUGUGGGCAGUGGAAACAGAACUGAGCCGUGAGAGAGCGAGAGCGGGAGAGCGAGCCAGUGGAAGUGGGAGCGGGAGAGGAGCAGUCCGAUUCCGAAUCCCGGAAUAGAAACCAGGAAAAAGGAAACGGGAAGCAGUAGCCGUAGCAGCAGAGCCAAAAACCGAAACAGAAACAGAAGUCCCAACCAUGUCUUCGAAUAACCAGAGCAGCAGCGUUGCCCAGGCGGCAACAAGUGCCCGCACCGUCAGUGCCGGAUCGGCGGAAGCCACAGAUGCCAAUAGUACCGCCUCGAACAACAACAACAAUAGCAGCAGUACCGCUGCAGCGGGCAACAACAGCGACAACAGCAGUCCCACCACUGGAACGGGCACAGGAGCGAGCACUGGAAAGCUGCACGGCGGCCACACGGCAGUAAACACCAAGGAACGGGUGGUGGACAGCGUUCCCUUCCCGCCCAGCCACAAGCUGACCUUGGCGGAGGUGUUCGACCAGCGCACCGGCAAGCCCAACCACGAGCUGCUCAAGCAGCACUUCAUCCUGGAGGGCAGAAUCGAUGAGGCGCCCGCCCUGAAAAUCAUCCAGGACGGUGCCGCCCUGCUGCGUCAGGAGAAGACGAUGAUCGAUAUCGAGGCGCCGGUGACGGUGUGCGGCGAUAUCCACGGCCAGUUCUACGACCUGAUGAAGCUGUUCGAAGUGGGCGGCUCGCCCGCGAGCACCAAGUAUCUGUUCCUGGGCGACUACGUCGAUCGGGGCUACUUCAGCAUCGAGUGCGUCCUGUAUUUGUGGUCGCUGAAGAUCACCUAUCCGCAGACGCUGUUCCUGCUGCGCGGCAACCACGAGUGCCGGCACUUAACCGAGUACUUCACCUUCAAGCAGGAGUGCAAGAUCAAGUACUCGGAGCGCGUGUACGACGCCUGCAUGGACGCAUUCGACUGCCUGCCGCUGGCGGCGCUCAUGAACCAGCAGUUCCUCUGCGUGCACGGCGGCCUGUCGCCGGAGAUACACGAGCUGGAGGACAUCCGGCGGCUCGACCGCUUCAAGGAGCCGCCCGCCUUCGGCCCCAUGUGCGACCUGCUGUGGUCCGAUCCGCUGGAGGACUUCGGCAACGAGAAGAACUCGGACUUCUACACGCACAACUCCGUGCGCGGCUGCUCGUACUUCUACAGCUACGCCGCCUGCUGCGACUUCCUGCAGAACAACAACCUGCUGUCGAUCAUCCGGGCGCACGAGGCGCAGGACGCCGGCUACCGCAUGUACCGCAAGAGCCAGACCACCGGCUUCCCCUCGCUGAUCACCAUCUUCUCGGCGCCCAACUAUCUCGACGUGUACAACAACAAGGCGGCGGUGCUGAAGUACGAGAACAACGUGAUGAACAUCCGGCAGUUCAACUGCUCGCCGCACCCGUACUGGCUGCCCAACUUCAUGGACGUGUUCACCUGGUCGCUGCCCUUCGUGGGCGAGAAGGUCACCGAGAUGCUGGUGAACGUGCUGAACAUCUGCUCCGACGACGAGCUCAUGACCGAGGAGAGCGAGGAGCCGCUCUCCGACGACGAGGCGGCGCUGCGCAAGGAGGUGAUCCGCAACAAGAUCCGUGCCAUCGGCAAGAUGGCGCGCGUCUUCUCCGUGCUGCGCGAGGAGUCCGAGUCGGUGCUGCAGCUGAAGGGCCUGACGCCCACGGGCGCCCUGCCCCUCGGCGCCCUCUCCGGCGGCAAGCAGUCGCUCAAGAACGCCAUGCAGGGCUUCUCGCCCAACCACAAGAUUACCUCGUUCGCGGAGGCCAAGGGCCUGGAUGCCGUCAACGAACGGAUGCCGCCGCGGCGGGAUCAGCCGCCCACGCCCAGCGAGGAUCCGAAUCAGCACAGUCAGCAGGGCGGCAAAAAUGGGGCAGGACAUGGGUAAGCUGUGCCAUCUAGUGCGGCUGCAGGACGAGGAUGCAUAUGCAGAUGCAGAUGCAGAUGCGGCACGGAGGAGUCUGGCGAGGUCUGAAUUGGUCUGAAGGAGGGGCUGAGUGGAGCGGAGCGGAGGCAACACAAAGAACACCAACCGAACGGAACCUUAAUUAAACUUAAUGUGGCAGAGCAACAACUUAAAUACUAAAACCAAUUCUAAUUCUAAGUAAUUGUCAUAACCCCCUGCAUUUCGUAUGUGAUCCCGCACCAGCUCCAUGCCCAUGUCUAUGUCCAUGGCCCAGAGCCUCCAAACCGACGGCACGGAGCAGAGAUUUGUUUUAACGCAGGCGCGCGCACAUUGGAUAUUAGAAUUAUGUGUGGCAUACUUUGGCGCGCCGGCCCCCAAAAAGGAAAAUUCCCUUUCUCGAUAGAAGAAAACCAACCCAUAACGUAACCCAUAACCUAGCUUAAGUUGUAAUGUAUAAACUGAAAUGGGCAAAUUUUAAAAUGGAAAAUGAACAAAACGGAAUGAGCAAAUUGCAACCCCUCCCCCCUGCGAUAAUGCGAUAAUUUAAGAAGAAUAAUAACCCCAGAAUUCCCCAAAAGCAAGAAACAACACUAAUCCAAUUGAAGAGAUAUGGGAAACAAAAUCCAGCGCUAAUCUGUUCCAAACAUUUAGCAGCGCCAAAAAAGAAGCGUACAUAUAUGUAUACAUAUGAUUAUUUAGAAAUAUCGAGGCGCAGUGCCGCGAUGCAACCGAAAGUGUAAUGAAAUUUGAAAUGAGCAAAGGUCAUUUUUUGUAAUAAUCGUAAUCCUUGAACUCUAGAAAUGUAAUCUUGCAUAGAAACAAAAGAAAGAAGCAAACAAUUUCGAAACCAUUUGCAAUAUGUGCCGCAAUAGUCCAUAAAUGUUCCUUAUACGAAUUAAACAUUGAAAGUGAAAUCAGAGUUUAUAUUUUUUUUUUUUAAUAUAUACUUAAAUAUAUGUAUAUGUAUUAUUGUUGCAUAAUCUAA